CAUUAGUUCUUUGAAGCUUGCUUCCCUUUUUUCUGCGCAGCUCGUGCCCCAGGAAUUGCUCGGCCCAACUGAUCUCAACCCUGGACUUGCUCUCCUGAUUAUUAUAGCCCAAGAAGAGCCCACUUUUGUGGCCAAUCUUCAGCCCAAUACCUGACCCACGUGAAACCCCAUCCUGCAGUUUUUCAAGGCCCACUCUCACUCGGUCCCUAGGUUUGGGGAUGAAGAAGUGGCCGCUCCCAUCGCCGUCACCAACUAGCGGCUCCCUCCUCUCCUCCAUAGUCGAUGCUACCUUCGCCGCCACUCCAUCCAGCCACGCCUCCGAACAAAAAGCUCAAGGAGGAGUGGCGGCCGAAGCAGCAGGUUGCUAAGCCUGCACGGAAGAAGAGUGGAGACCACUAUGAGCUGGUCCCACCUCCUGCACCACGACCACCUUGGCCGUCCGGGUACUCACUUGCCUGCAUCUUGCCAGAUGGCCAGGUCGAGCUGACCGAUGAUGGUGGUCGCGUCCGUCGGGUGCAUGGCCACAACCUCAAGCUGUACCUCAAGAGCGACGUGGAUCCGCUCUUGGAGGCACCUGUUCCUGUACCGCCCUGAGUAUCCACCAUGGGCGUCCAGCUAAAAGACGGUAAAGAAGCGCUUGUGGGGAGGCAACCCCACCACGGUUUGAUUUUCUUUCUUGUGUUUUGAGUCGGAUUGUAACCCGGUUUGGGUUUGGUUUGUUUUUCUUUUGGUUUGGAUGAUGUUUUAUUGGGCUGACCAUUGGACCUAACAUAUUGUGUUGAGCUCUUUGGUUUCCUCUCGCUGUGCGUGUCUUGACUGGUCCCCUCUCCAGUCCGCUUCACUCAACUGGCCCGCUUCCAGUCUCCUGCAGUCCAUGCAUACCGGUAACAUCGUUCCCCUUAUCCUUCACUCUUCUCCAUUGAGGGCAAUGUCGAUCUUAAGUGUGGGGGGAUGUUUAUCUUGUGACUGCAUUAGAUCUGUUUGUGUGCUUGGAGCCUAGUCCACUGUCCAAAUUUUUAAAUUUGAGGGCUCCAAGUACGUGUUUCCUUGCAAUUGCCUGCUCAGUAUGCUUUGAAUUGACAGUCUUUAUAGUAAUAUGCAACCUAGGGAGGUGGUGUAGCACUAUGGAGGACGUUGAUGCAUUUAAGAAGUCUCAUUUCUUCUUCAUAUUGUGUUGGUUGAUUGAGUGAAUUAGUGAUCUUAGGACCCUUGAAUUGUGUGGUGUUGUGGAUUCUCUGCCUGUCAUGGACUCUUGUAUCAUGUUUUAAGUUUAACAGGUGCUCGAAAAUGUGCUUCAAGCCCCCUUGCAUGGCUUUACCCCGCACGAGGCUCGAGACGGGAAUCCGUUUCCAAUUUCCACCUACUACCUCCAGCCCCCUUGCAUGGCUUUACCCCGCACGAGGCUCGAGACAUCCGCUCCUGGCAUGGCCGGUAAGAGCAGGUUGGGACCCUUGAAAAGAAAAGAAAAGAAAAAUAACAGAAAACAAGCAAAACAGAAAAAAGGGGUUCCAACCAUCUUCAAAGAAAAUAGAGCACCUUGAAAAAGGUGAGUCCAUGAUCCUUUGUUUUUGAGAAUCUCUCCAUCCACGAUUCAUUUGUCCUCAGUUCACUGUUUGCCAUGAUGCUGACUCGCCGAAGAAGCUAUGAGAUGACUUGUGCGUCGGCUGACCUCGUAAGUUGCUAAAUGACCUAGGAAGUCCUCUACCUACGAUCUGGGUUGUUUGUUGCUAUAGAGGUCUGGAGAGUUGCAUUGGUUUGAGUUCGGUUUGCUUGGGGACAAGCAAACGGUUAAGUGUGGGGGAGUUUGAUAACGAUGUAAUUGCACAUGUUUGCGCCCCUAGUUCUUAUCCGUUUGAGGGGCAUAGUCGUGUGUUUUGGCCUAUUUUACGCCGGGUUGUGCUAUUUUGUCAUGUUUCAGGUCCCAGGUGUCAAAGGGAAGGCUAAGCGCGAGUUUCGGGGCAUUCGGAAGUCAUUUCGGUGAGCUGGAGCCAAAACACGGGCAGCCUAAGGCAUUACACGGCCGUGUUCCUGUGGCCGUGCUUUUUAUGCCGAGAGCAAAUUCGGUUUGGCAAUUUCAGUUGCAAACACGGGCACCAAAGCACGGCCGUGUUCCACCAAAGCACGGCCGUGUCCACCGCGAAGCACGGCCGUGUUUCCCCCCAACUGCUGGCCGUGUAAUUAACCUUGGCCGAGACACGGGCGGACUCAGGCAAAGCACGGCCGUGUCCUCGACCGUGCUUUGGCCACUGAUGCUUUUAAGCAGAUUUUCAGCCACAAGUCAAGGGGAUUCGAGUUUUAGAGAGAGAGAUCAGUUCCUAGAGAGAGAAAGCGACGAACAAGAGUCUCCAAGUGCCCUAGAUUGAUCUUCAACACCAUUGGAGGCCAGUUUGAGCUUGGAGAAGUGCCGAUCAACGUCCAGGAGCAGGAAUCCAUCCUUCGCAGUAUGAAUUCCGCGUCUGAUUCUGCUUUUGCUUCUUUCUCCAUGGAGUAGUUCUCCCAUUCAUCUGGGUAUGGAGAACCCUAGAUUUGUAUGUUAGGCUUUGAUUGUAUGAACCCAAGUACUGAUUCUAUGAUUUGAUUAUAUUCGAUUGAGGUUUGAAUGAUUGAAUGACUUGAAUCCUGAUCAAAUUCCUGUUGUUUCUGCUUUAACCUAGAAUGAGAAUAUCUGCCUAGGUUGACAGAGCAUCCUUGAUUGAAGGUAGGGAGUUGGUGACUUUAGUCGAGGAGCCAACUCACUAUUCUGUACCGGAUUUACUCCGGUAGUGGAGGUUUUGUUUGUUAGGGCCUCAAUCUGUUUACUCCGGUGGAGGUUAGUCGCCCGCUAGAGAUUCAGAUUGAGAGGGUCUGAAGACCUUUAGUCGAGACUUCAGGCUGUUUGAGAACCUUCCGCAGUAUAACUAUCAUAGAAAUUGAACUUGGUAAUUACAAUCCGGCUUAACUGCAGUCUAGGGGGAACCAUAUCCGGGUGACCUCUCUUAACCUGAAUACAACCGUUUACUUGCU